AUGGACAGUAGCUGCCACAACGCGACCGCCAAAAUGCUAGCGACUGCUCCAACCCGGGGCAACGUGAUGAGCACGUCCAAACCCUUGGCUUUCUCCAUCGAACGAAUCAUGGCGCGCACCCCCGAACCCAAGGCCCUGCCGGUCCCCCACUUCCUGCAGGGAACCGUGCCCAAGGGGGACCCCAAGCACUCUCUGCAGCUCAACCCGUCGAUCCCUUGCAUGAUUCCUUUCGUUCCGGUGGCGUACGACACCAGCUCCAAGGCCGGGGUGACGGGCUCCGAGCCGCGCAAAGCGAGUCUGGAGGCCCCGGCGGCGCCGCCGGCGGCGCCCUCGGCGCCCGCGUUCAGCUGCAGCGAUUUGCUCAACUGCGCGCUGAGCCUCAAGGGCGACCUGGCUCGCGACGCACUGCCCCUGCAGCAGUACAAACUGGUAAGGCCGCGUGUGGUCAACCACUCUUCUUUCCACGCCAUGGGAGCCCUGUGCUACCUGAACCGAGGCGACGCCCCCUGCCACCCGGCUGCCGGCGUGAACAUCCACCCGGUGGCCUCCUACUUUCUCAGUUCCCCUUUACACCCACAGCCAAAAACGUAUUUAGCCGAAAGGAAUAAACUGGUAGUCCCGUCGGUGGAGAAGUACCCCUCCGGAGUAGCUUUCAAAGACCUCUCCCAGGCUCAGCUCCAGCAGUACAUGAAAGAGAGCGCCCAGCUUUUGUCGGAAAAAAUCGCGUUCAAAACCUCGGAUUUUAGCCGAGGAUCACCUAAUACCAAGCCCAAAGUUUUUACUUGCGAAGUAUGUGGAAAAGUCUUUAAUGCGCACUAUAACUUAACCCGUCACAUGCCGGUGCACACAGGAGCCAGACCCUUCGUGUGCAAAGUGUGUGGAAAGGGUUUUCGGCAAGCCAGCACCCUGUGCAGGCACAAGAUCAUUCACACGCAGGAAAAACCUCACAAAUGCAAUCAGUGUGGCAAAGCAUUUAAUAGAAGUUCCACUUUAAACACGCAUACCCGAAUACACGCAGGCUACAAACCAUUUGUGUGUGAAUUCUGUGGUAAAGGAUUUCAUCAAAAAGGGAAUUACAAAAACCACAAGUUGACGCACAGCGGGGAGAAGCAGUUCAAGUGCAAUAUCUGCAACAAGGCUUUCCAUCAGGUUUACAACCUCACUUUCCACAUGCACACUCACAACGACAAGAAGCCUUUCACCUGCCCCACCUGCGGCAAGGGCUUCUGCAGGAACUUUGACCUCAAGAAGCACGUCAGAAAGCUACACGACAGCGGCCUGGGGCUGGCCCGUCCACCCACAGGGGAGCCAGGCAGCGACCCCACGCCCUCACUCCAACAGCCUCCGACUGCAACUCUGCCGCCCCUGCAGCCUCCUCCCGGGCCCCUGCAACCCGGGCUCCACCAGGGCCACUAG